UGUAUGUAGAGGGGGCUGAAUAACCGAAAGACAAAUGGUCAAAGGGGAGAGAGUAGAGGACCACUUUGCGACCCACAAGGAUUGUUGUUUUCCCCGUGCACUGUUUGUUGGCACUUCCGUGCGCACACGGACUGCUUAAGGACCCGGUGCAGUCCACGAAAGGACACUCGGGACUUCGCUUGGCUUGUUGGUGGAGAUCCGCAAGGGAACGCAACGGGGAAUCGCUGAGCCCCGAAACACUGCCAUGGAGUGAGACGCUGCAGAAACUCUUAUGGACAACUUUUCUUUUGCUGUGUAUUUUACUUUAAGUAACUGUUUCAGUUUCCAUCCCAAUCAUGUACGGAUAACAUAGUUCGCUCAAGAAUCCGGCUCAAGUGGAUCAGCACUGACGGGUUUAUGGAGCCCGGAUUACGCAUUGCCAGCCUGUUGAACGCCUACACACGGGCCUAUGACACACCAUCUGCCUCGGAAUAAUAACAUUAUAUAAUAAAAUUCUCCAACGAAGACAAUAUCCAUGGAAGUAGUGUAGAAGUUUCACAUAUGACACGGCUGUGAGUUUUAUCGUUUCUUUUUCUUUGCAGCCAUAACAAUGGCAAACUGGUACAAUGGUGCACUGGUACAGAGCGUCUGCAGAACUGUUUGGCCUCUUGGCUGCUUGAUUUUGUUUUUUGGCUACUUAUCCUUGGCUUCGCCGUCCCAUGGUCGGCGACUGAUAUGCUGGCAAGCCAUCAUGAACUGCCAAAGCGAGGCUGAAUGCAACUACGCGUACGAACACUACAGUCGCGCUUGUCAACCAGUGUUGAGUGGGGAGAAGAAGAAGUGUCCCAGCCACUGCAUCGCCUCGCUCAUCCAGCUCAAUCUGACUAAAAGCGGGCCGGCUCUGGAGGACUGCAGCUGCGGCCGCGAUUCGAUGUGCACAAAUACCAAACGGGCCAUAGAGCCCUGCUUGCCAAGGACUACCAGUACCGGUUGCACGGAAGCCCGGCACCAGUGCGAGAGAGACCCUCAGUGCAGCUCGGCAAUGCACGAGUAUUUGAAACACUGCGGGAAACUUUUCAGCGGGGCAGUGUGCACAAACGCAUGCCUAAAUGUGAUCGCGAACAUGCGUAAAAUACCGAAGGGUCAGCAGCUGGAAACGUGUGUAUGUGAUGGCACAGAAAGGGCCAUCUGUGAGUUUGUCAAGAACAGCAUGAAGGCGUUAUGCUUCGAAAGGCCCGAUAGAUAUGAGGCUAGUGGGUCCUACGAAGAUGACGAAGACGGGUAUCCGGAUUAUACAGAAGAACCAGAGAGCGGAGCCUCUCUCCCAGCUGCCCAGUAUGUUUUGACCCUGCUGCCACCCGUUUUAGCUCUUUUACCCCUCUUUUAAUCCCCGUUUCACAAACUGCCCCGUCUAUUGUCCGGAUAAAAGGCAAUCUAAACUUUUGUCACUCCUUGACCUGCUUCUAUAGUGAAAGUAUAGAGCCUCAAAGAUUAAAGGGGAGUGCUUUUGGCGCAAGCAAACCUUCUUUGAAACGAGUUUAAGACUCUGAAAGGAUAUCAAAUCGGGAUAUUUCUAUGCAAAUGAGGCCAGAAAGAUAUCUAAACUCUUUCUCUUAUCAAACCACACCACUUAUGGCUCUGCAGUUGUGUUUUGUUUGUGUGAUAAGCUAAAUAGAAAUGCCCACUUUCUCUGUCACAGACUGAUAGUAAAGUUGUCACAAAAGAGAAAGAGUUGGCUUGUUUUGGUAACAGUAUAAUGGUAUCAGUAUAAUCAAUAUAUGCUUUGCACUGCCAAUCUUUUUGUGUGCGUGUGUGUGAACAUAUUUUAGGACAGGCCAUUGCCCCUUGGCAUCAGGCUGAUUCAUUUGAUUUAUACAUAUUUAAUGUUGGAAUCCAGUGUAAAUAGAUUAGGUGUUAAAGUAAAUCUGUAGCCUAAUUUAUUACAUACCACCUAGUUACAUCCAAAUCACCAUCAUGUGAAUAAACACAGAGAAUUCCAGCUUUAAAGGGAAGUUUUUUUUGUUUUUCUUUGACUGAAUAUAGUGUACAUUGUAUAUAUUUGUAUAGCCUAUAUAGAUUUUUUCCCCCCAGAGAAUCUUAUAUGUUUUAGGCUAUGAGAUGAUUUAUUCACUGUUUAUAGCCCAGAGAAAGAAAUGUCUAAAUCCACUGUAUGACUGCCUUAAUGAUAUACCUUUAUAGGAGGCAUAAAGGAAACUUGAAGAUAUCAUUCUUGACUGUGAGUGUUAAUUUUGCAACAUUACUUCCUAUACGGUAUUGUGCCUUAACUCAGAUAAAAGUGACAUGGAGUCUGAUGACCAUUAUUACACAAUUCUUUGAUUAGUAUCAGAUUGAACAGUAACAAAAUCCACUAUGAAAAGAGAAAAGUAUCAGUUAUUUUUUUAAAAACAAUCCCCAGAUGACACCUCUCCACCUUUAAGUUACAUCAGUUUGGAGUGACUUGCUUUAUACUUACUUUUCUGUAAUAAGUAAAUAAAAUUUUUAUUUUGCA